GUUACACGCAGCCAUAACGGUGCCGCUUGUAGUCUGGUGCAACACCCCACUUCCUCGCGUUGUGCUCAUAAACUUCUUGUUGAAAACUACCGCCACAAUUAGGCAGCCUUCCGCCAUGGAUGCACCCGACGUCGAUGUUCCACAGUUCCUCAACCCUCUUCUGAACUACCUAUCCUCAACCCUCCCGCCGACACUCUAUAACAUUGCGGUCGAACUGUUAUCAAAAUCGACCUCUCUAUUCUUCUCCCUCAUCUCCUUGGUGAAGACUCUGGCCUCUUCGUCUCCUUCAUCAUGGGAUGCACAAGCCAUUCUACCUCCUCUCAUCACCCUCCUGGCUACGUACCUAGCUCUAGUCAGCUUCUAUCGCACAACAAGCUGGAUGAUUCGGACCGGUAUAUGGUUCAUGAAGUGGGGCGCCAUCCUGUCUGCACUGGCAGCGGGCGCAGGCUGGAUGAUGGGGAACGCACACGCAAACGGGGAGAACGGCAUAGGAGGACUGUUCACAGGCGGGGGCGUCGUGCCUACCGUCGGGGGCAUGAUACUGGAUAUGAUCAAUGGCCAGGGCCAGAACGCUGCCGGGGGUGCACGCUCAUCGCGAAGCUCUCGCACCCAAAAGCAGAAGGCGCCACGUCCGAAGGCGUGGGAGUCGUGGGAUCGCCAUCGGGAAUGGCAGUACAGCGAGAAUGCACAGAACGAAGAUGACAAUGCAGGGAAUGGUAUGCAGAAAAUCCUAGGAGACGUGUUUGGUGCAGUACGUGAGGCUGGGUGGUGGGAAGCGGCCAAAGGCGCAGUGGACGGUUUCAGCCAAGCCAUGGGAGACAACGUGAAGGAGGAUGUCUCAGAUGGGAAGCAGCCACAGCAAGGAGCGAAAAUACAGACGAAAAUGAAGGCAGGGUCCAGAUAGCAUCCAGUCACCAUUGCGCUUUUAUAUGUAUCAUUGUCCUUCUGUGGCCAUAAUGACAUGCUCUUUGCA